AGGAAGCGAACUUUGGGACAGAGAGUAUAACUGCAGCAUUGAAGAGUGUGUGUGUGGGUGAGAGUGAGAGAGAGAGAGAGAGAGAGAGAGAGAGAGAGAGAGAGAGAGAGAGAGAGAGAGAGAAAGAGAGAGAGAGAGGAGGAGACCUUAACUUUGUGCUCUGGAAUUACACAAAAUCUGCCUUGCCUUGUGAGCAGGCUCAACUAAGAUCUGUUCCUGUCUGAGAGUUUUAAUGAGCGUAAGCCCUCAGGAGGAAUAGUCUGAACUCACAGAAAUCUAAAUCAGCCCUGCGAGAAGCAAAGCUCUGCAGCUGCUACCCGUCACAGACAUGAAGCCGUUCACCUUGGUCAGUGUUCUUUUUUUCAUUCUACACAUCUCCUCUGGCAGUGCGGAAGCCCAUAGGCACUACCGACAAGUCCUUGCUGGAAACCAACCAGGUGUGUGUCGCUAUGGCAGGAGGCUGGAGUGUUGCUAUGGCUGGAAGAAGAACAGUAAAGGACAGUGUGAGGCUCAAUGUGACCACAGUUGCAAGCACGGAGAGUGUGUUGGCCCCAACAAAUGCAAGUGUUUCCCUGGAUACACCGGAAAAACAUGUAAUCAAGAUCUAAAUGAGUGUGGUCUGAAGCCUCGUCCCUGUGAGCAUCGCUGCAUGAACACCUAUGGAAGUUACAAGUGCUACUGUCUUAAUGGUUACACCGUAAUGCCUGAUGGAUCUUGUGCAAAUUCUAUGACAUGCUCUAUUGCCCACUGUCAGUAUGGUUGUGAGGAAGUUCAGGGGGAGAUUCGCUGCCUCUGCCCAUCUGCGGGGCUGCAACUGGCGCAAGAUGGGAGGACUUGUGUGGAUAUUGAUGAAUGUGUUACUGGGAAAAACCUCUGCCCAUACAACAGACAAUGUGUGAACACCUUCGGAAGCUACUUCUGCAAGUGCCAGGAUGGCUACGACCUGAAAUAUGUUGACGGCAAAUAUGAUUGUGUGGACCUUGAUGAGUGCACAGCCAGAACCCACAAGUGCAGCCACCAUGCUGUCUGUGUGAACACUCAAGGAUUCUACAAGUGCAGGUGCAAGUCUGGCUUCAGAGGCAAUGGCUUUGAAUGCUCUGUCAAGCCAUUUUAUCAGAGGUCGUGGGAUGGAGACAAAGGCAAUGCAGAUGAUUUCCUCAAUGCCAUCCCAGACUCCCAAGUGAGACCCGGGAUACUGGGAGGUACACCGGACAACGACGACAUAAAAAAUAUUAUCCCUGAACCAGUCGCAACGCCGCCUCCUAAGAUCCGUGAGCAGCCUUUUGACUACGAUGGAGAGGUCUACGUUGGCGAGACUGAGCAGAGACGAGUGGAUGAAUUUCCUGAGGAAGAAGAAGAAGAGGAGGGGGAGGAAGAGGAAGACAACCAGCUCAAUCCAAGAGGAGAUGUUUUUAUAUCAGAGGACUUUGAAUCAGUGUUUGGACCGGCCACAGAAGUCAAAGAAAUUGAAAUGACACCAGUUCAGGAAGAGUUCAUCAUGGAUUGCAACUUUGAUCAGGGAGCAUGUGAGUGGGUCCAAGACAAGGCUGACGACAUGGACUGGAGCGUAGCUUACCAUAACGGUGGUGAAUACUACAUGGCCAUGAGUGGGUUCCUAGGGGAGCCAGAGGAUAUAGCCAAGCUGAAGUUGCUUCUCGGUGACCGGGCCCAGCAGGGCAGCUUCUGCCUCACCUUUGACUACCGUCUCGUGGGCCAUAAUGUGGGGACUCUCAGGGUGCUGCUGGAUAACAAUGCUUACCCAGUAUGGGAGCAGAGGCAAAGCAGAGACCAGGGCUGGCAGACAGAGCUCCUCACUGUGGCCUGGAAAGAGGAGGCACCACAAUCUAUUACCUUUGAAGCUCAGCAUGGGAAAGAUGUUGCAGGAGAGAUUGGGCUGGACAAUGUUGUGCUGACCUCAGGGCCCUGUCAAGAGGAUGUCAGUCCACUCGUAUAAGAAGUAUCGUCACUCUGGAUUUACAUUUAGAAAAUCUGCUCUGACACAUGUUAAAGAUUCCUGUUUCCUGUCUGUUCUUAUGGUCUGGAGUGUCUCAGUGUUUUCUAAUGGCUUAGCCACACAACAUUCACAAAAAGAUACUGAAACAAGGUCUCAAGGGAAGAUGAUGUACUAUCAGUGCAUGCAUGUUUACUCCAUUGCAACACUUCUACAUCAAUACAGCCUGCUUUAUUCUCUAUUGUGAUUUUUAAAAUGGUCUCUCUUAUAAUACCUAUAACUCCGAUCUCAGGAAGAGGUGGAAAUGCUAACUUUGUCUGUUAGGUAGAUGACAGUAUUGUGCUUAGCCCUUUGUUGUGUAUGUGAUUGCUGAAGUGAACUGAAAAUAAUCUAUAUGUACUGUGAAUUCUUAGAUAAAUUAUAUCUGAAAUUCAAUCUUAAAUGAAUAACUUUUUUCAAAAGCUGGUGAGCUUAAAUAUUAAAAUGUAUCAGUGCAUUACUGCUGUAAAUGUUGCUUUCAUGUUAUGUUGUAUUAUUA